AUGAGUAAUCAAGCUGAAUCUUCCGACUCAAAGGGGACGAAGAGGGACUUCAGUACGGCGAUUCUGGAGCGAAAGAAGGCGCCGAAUCGGCUCGUCGUCGACGAGGCAACUAACGAUGACAACUCGGUGGUCUCGCUCCAUCCUGAGACAAUGGAGAAGCUUCAGCUUUUCCGUGGCGAUACGAUCUUGAUCAAGGUGUUUGGAGGGGUUCUUAUCUGGUGGGCUGUGGAUCGGUGA